AUGUCGGAGUCUGACUCGGGGUCAGAGAACUUUGGAGACGAAGGCGAGCCAAUGUUCGCGUACGAGAAGCUUUACCACUCCGCGCAAGAUAAGAAAGAUAUCAUGGCCCUACCCGAAAUUGCCCGCGAGCAAACCUUGUCCGAGCGCGCGCAGAAAGUCGACCGACACAAUCAGGAUCUGGCUCUCCGUCGUCUGCUCGCCUCACGAUCCCGAGAUGAAGCUCGAGCUGCCAAGAAGGCGAAGCGAAAGGCAGGCUCAGCCGGCUUAGAUGAGAACCAGCGCAAAAGCUCCCGACAGAAGACGACUCUUGGUGGCCGCAAGGUUGGAGAAACAUCUGGGGCCAUCGAAGCCUACAAGCGCCAGCGUGAACAGAAGGGCAAACGGGAUGAGCUCCGCCGACGUGACCCAACCCAAUCACGCCGUCGCUCUCGCUCUGUUGGAUCAGAUGGGUCCGAUGACGAUGCGGAUGCCGAAAGCGACCUAGAACUGGAUGACCGUGUUGGGCGCUCCCCCUCCAUUCCCAAGGACGACCCUCCUGCCGAGCUGCGUGACAUUCAGCGUGCUCGUGUUGGCCGAAGCAACUUCGCCCAGGUCUGCUUCUACCCCGGAUUCGAGGCAGCUAUGAUCAACUGCUACGCACGUGUCAAUGUCGGACCUCACCACGAGACCGGACAACUGGAAUACCGCAUGUGCCUGAUCACUGGAAUUACCACGGGAAAGCCUUAUGCCAUGGAUGCCGCCAACGGCCGUCCAUUUGUCACAGACCAGUACGCUAAGCUGGCACAUGGAAAGGCCAUAAAGGAGUUCCCAUUCAUUGCUUGCUCUGACUCUCCUUUUACCGAGGGUGAAUACAAUCGCUACCGCAAGACUUUGGCCGUCGAGGAUCUGAAGAUGGCAACUCAGGGCAAGCUUGCCACAAAAGUUGUCGAUAUCAACAAUCUUAUUAACCACGAAUUCACUCGUGAUGAGCUGAAUGAGAAGCUGCGCCGUCAAGGUGCAUUCGACCAGAAGAAGAAUGUGCUCCGGCGCUUUGAUGUCGAAAGGGAUCUGUCAUUCGCCAAGGCCAACGGCAAUGACAACGAAGCCGAGCGAUUAGAGAAGGAGCUCCACGAACUGCUAAACCCCAACCUCUCAUGGGGAACUUCUCUGGUUAAGAAAGAAUCCGACAACAAGGGUCUCUCGGAGGCUGAGCGUGUUCAUCAAAUUAAUAUCCGCAACCAAAAGCUCAACUACGAAAAUGUGCGUCGUGCCCAGAUCGACGAGCGAAAGGCCGCCCGCAAGGCUGCCGCUGCAGUUGCUCGAGGAGAAGCUGUCCCGAAUCCAUUCAUGCGGGUUCGUACAGUGGCGAAGACUCACCACGAUGUCAAUGAUGCAUCCAAGACCGACAGCCCCGCGGGAACCUCCGCAGACACCCCCAAGGAGGCUGCCAAGUCCAAUGACAGCUCAGCAGCCGCUGUUAAGACCACUCCAGCGAAGCCAAAGAACGGCUUCAUGAUUAGCUACCGCAACACUGAUGACGAGAAUAUUGCUGCACUUGACAUGGAUAUUGAUAUCGAAAUCUAA